CUUCAGAAAUUGGAAGCCUAGCCAAUCUAACUCAACUGAGCCUUGCCGACAAUAAAUUCUUUGGUUCCUUGCCUUCUGAAUUCAAUAUGUUAACGCGGUUGACUAUUUUGCAUCUAUUUAAUAAUGAACUAGAGGGGGAACUGCCAGAAGACGUAUGCCUUGGGGGAUCAUUACGAUAUUUCACGGCUGGCAAUAAUCAUUUCACGGGUCCCAUCCCAACAAGCUUAAAGAAUUGUAGCACAUUAAUCCGAUUGAGGCUACAAAGAAACCAACUUACUGGAAACAUAGCAGAAGCUUUCGGAAUAUAUCCAUAUCUAUAUUUUAUUGACUUGAGCAGCAAUCAUCUGAAUGGCGAACUUUCGUGGAAAUGGGAGCAUUGUCGUAAUUUGACGAGCUUAAUCAUAUCAAACAACAACAUUUCCGGUGAGAUACCUGCAAUAUUUGGAAGGAUGCGUCAAUUACAGCUACUAAACCUUUCUUCAAAUAAUUUACGUGGAGAGAUUCCAAGGGAAUUGGGAAGCCUGUCGAUGCUAUUAGAACUCGAUUUAAGCAACAACUCAAUCUUGGGAAAUGUCCCGACUGAGAUUGGACUUUUAUCCCAUAUGACACAUCUGAACUUGGCAUCAAACAAUGUGAGCGGAUUGAUACCGGUGCAGCUAGGCUCAUGCAAAAGCUUGUUGAGCUUGAACUUGAGCAGAAACAAAUUUCAAAGAAGUAUUCCUCCUGAGAUAGGCAACACAAAAGUCCUCGAGUUCUUGAUCUGAGUUAUAAUAUUUUGUCAGAAAAUAUACCAGGAGAGCUUGCAAUACUGAGAAACUUGCAAGUUCUAAAUAUCUCCCACAAUAGUCUGUCUGGUUCCAUCCCACAGUCUUUUGAUGAUAUGUUGGCCUUGACUUCAAUUGAUGUAUCCUACAAUGACCUAGAAGGUCCUCUCCCUAAUGUCAAGGCUUUCAAUGAGGCUCCAUUUGAGGCAAUACAACAUAACAAAAGGCUAUGUGGCAACGCUGCUGGUUUACCGAAAUGUAAUUCCACCGGGAGUGAAAAGCACAAUCGACGCGUUGGAGUUAGUAUCACCUUUAUCCUCAUUCUCUCGUUCUUGGGGUUUCUCCUUCUCUCUUGCACCUUGAUCAUUCUAGUAAUUGUUAAUAAUCAUCGAAGAAGGAUUAUCAAGAGAGAGGACAAUGAACGAGCAAAUGACUUGGAUUUCAAGCAUAUUUUGAGUUAUGAUGGCAAAGUUUUCUAUGAUCGAAUCGUCGAGGCCACGGAAGGAUUUGACUCCAAGUACUAUGUGGGUGAAGGAGCAUAUGGAAUUGUUUAUAAAGCCGAGAUAUCAGAAGGUCAAACAUUUGCUGUCAAGAAAACCUUGUCAUCCCAGGAAGAUACUGAGAUCGUCGAUUUGAUACCAUUCGAAAAGGAAAUUCAAGCCUUGACAAAUAUACGCCAUCGCAACAUUGUGAAAUUUUAUGGCUUUUGCUCUCAUGCCCAACGUUGUUUUUUGGUGUAUGAGUACAUGGAAAGAGGAAGCUUGAGAACAACAUUGCAAGAUGAUGAAAGAGCAAUAGAAUUUCGAUGGGACAAGAGGAUAAAUUUGGUCCGAGGAGUUGCGGAUGCAUUGUCCUAUAUGCAUCACGAAUGUUCUCCUCCGUUGAUUCAUCGAGACUUGACCAGUAACAACAUUCUAUUGGAUCAUGAUUAUGAGGCUCAUGUUUCCGAUUUUGGUACUGCAAGACUUUUGAGGACAGAUUCAUCAAAUUGGACGGCUAUUGCCUGUACCAUCGGGUAUAUUGCUCCAGAGCUGGCUUAUUCUUCGAUUGCUACAGAAAAGUGCGACGUGUACAGCUUUGGAGUUGUUGCAUUAGAGACUAUCAUGGGAAAGCAUCCAGGAGAUCAUGUCUCUCGGGAAUGUUCAUCAUCCGCCCAAACUGAGUUGAUGAUGUUGAAGGAUGUGCUGGAUCAACGUCUCUCACCUUCUGGAGUUGGCCUUCAAGAUGCGCAGGGCGUGGUCUUAAUCGCCAAGCUAGCGUUUGAGUGCUUGCAAGCCGAUCCGAAGCUUAGACCGACCAUGAGACAAGUCUCGCAUGAGCUUCGCGUUCAAGUACCCCUGGAUAUGCCAAUCUCUACAGUCAGCUUAGAGCAACUUCACGAACCUAAUGUCAAAAAAUACAAAGCAUUUCAAGAGAUGAACUUGCUUCUCUAUGAACGUCACAAGAAUAGUGUGAUAAUUAUAGUUUGAAGUCUUGGUACCAUAAAUAAUUAUGGGAAGAUCCCAUUUCCCAGUUAUUUCCAUCUUUUUGCAGAUUGAUCAGGAAGUGAAUUUGCAAAAUGCACUGGAUCAACCUCUCUUGCCUUCUUUGAUACGAUGUGUAAAGAACAGCUAGUUUCUAUUGUUGUAAGAGAUAAUAGCGCUAGCAACACGUGAACUUCUA